GUCACCUCUUACCCGAGUUUAUGAGCCCCCGCUUCCCUGAGGCUAAGGCCGUACUUCCCACAGUGAAUGGGGUCACUGGGCAGGGCAUCUGAGAGGAGCCGACCGGGAAUCACAGUUUCAUUGGCUCCCAAAAGGAGUGAAAAAGCAAUGAACUGCAAGAGGACUCCUCAUUACCAGUGAGAAGAGUGAGUAAUCAAUUUUAGUAAUAUAGCACAGAAUAUUGAUAUAUUGUUAUUGUUUUUAUUACAUUAGAAAAUUGGUGGCAACAGCCAAAAUUUGAUUUUAGUUACAUUGUUUGAAAAAUUAAAUCCUAUUUUAAGACUAAAUUACCAGCUUCGUAAGAGAAUUUGAAUUGCCCGCUCCUUGAGCAGCUGUUUUAUUCCACUGAAAACAUUUUGAUAAGUCACAGUAGGGAAAGCACAGGAGUAAAUAAUAUAAUAAAAGAUGGACUCAGUGUCAGGGUCCUGGUGUUGUGCAAGCUGUCUCACUGUCACUCUCAUAACUUACUAGGACAUUUUGAAUAGAAUAAAGCCAUUGUUGAUGAUGUUAGUAUAGCCUGUGCUUUUCCAGCCAUGACAAGAAAAAUAUGCCUGUUACAAACACCUGAUAUCUUACAAUUCUCCUUCUUAAUUUAGUUCAUAGUGCUUCAUUGCCUUCAAGCACUUUGUACACAGUAUGACUUGAUUCCAUGUGUUGUAUUAACAUUUUAUUUUUGUCCAUGUUAGACAGUUUUAUUUACAUUUUAUAACGCCCCCUUGACAGCUGUACAGUUGCAGGAUGCUUUAUUAUCAUUUCUCUAUUUCUGUCAUAACUUACGCAGAUGUUUGCUGGCCUGUGAGAAGUGUUACAGACUGACUGUGGAGAACUGAUAUGCACUGAUUUGAAUAUCAUAGCCAGGAGGACAGCUGUGUGUAUCUGCCAUAUGUGUUUCCUCACAGCCUGCCACUGACUAUAUACAGACGCAGAUAUCUCUCUCUCCCUCUCUCUCUAUCGCUCUCCCUCCCCCAUGCAUGUCCAAACACAUCAGUUACACAGGCAUGUUCUCAAUAGCCUGUCCAGUUAUAUGGACACACAAUCCUGCACAGACCAGAGGCCAUUUCUCUUUUCUUUCCUUUGUCACAUUGGCGCGAUUAUGCAGACUGCCUUGAGUCAUAUUAUAUGUUUUUAUAUAUGGCUAAUGAUUCAGGGUGUAUGCUUUAAAAUAUAGAGAGAAUCUUUCAGCACAUAACCAAACUCUAAUCUGCAUCAUUUCUGUUUAACUUGCAAGUAUAGUGAAACAUAGACGUCUGCAGUACGAGGAUUGCUUGAUCAGACACUGGAUAUCUGAAUAUAAACACACACUGAGACUGUCAGUGCAAAGCUGCACUGAACAGCCCUGUUACAUAAUCAUGAAGCACCGAGGCUUUGCGCCUGCGAAAAGAACGAGCAGGUGGAGGAGGAAACAUGCGCAGUGAGAGCCCCGUCGGCAGCAUCAGGACCAAAAAGAUCCCCAGGACCCUGCGAUGCGAGAAGAUGGUGCGCGUAAACACGCCGUGGGAAAUGACCGUGUCGUUCUGUCAGGCUGCAGUCUCCACGUAUUUCUACUGAAUCGAAGUUCUGAAGCCGUUUAGUGCGACUAAAGGUUGAAGGAGGCGAUUUCGUUGGGAGCAGGAGCGCGCAAACGGACGCAGCGGAGAUGCGACGGCGAUAAAAAAAAAAAAAAAAACACUUGAUGACAGUGGUUUAGUCUCAUGUCGAUGCUUUAAGCCUCCGCUGCGCUGCGACAGACAACGAAAGGAUCCCUCCGAUGUCACCCCAUUUGACGGGCUUUCUUGUGUAAUGGUCGCCGGUUUCUAGUGGGAUGCACAUCAGUGUUUGGCCGUACUCGCUCUCCGUCGUAAUGGCAGCUCUGUACCAGGGCACGGACGCUUCUUCUCCGGAUAAAUUUCUGGCCUUGAAAGACGUCAGAGAGGUGAAGGAGGAAACGACGCUGGAUGAGAAGCUUUUCUUGUUGGCAUGCGAGAAAGGUGAUUACUACAUGGUGAAGAAGCUCCUUGAGGAGAACCGACACGGCGAGCUCAACAUCAACUGCGUGGACGUGCUGGGCCGAGACGCCGUGACCAUCACCAUUGAGAAUGAGAAUCUAGACAUCCUGCAACUUCUUCUGGAGCAUGGCUGCCAGGCAACAGAUGCCUUGCUGGUGGCCAUAGACUCGGAAGUGGUGGGAGCUGUGGACAUCCUCCUCAACCACAGGCCCAGGCGAUCUUCCAAGCCCUCCAUUGCUAAACUGAUGCAGCGGAUUCAGAACCCAGAGUAUUCCACCACCAUGGAUGUGGCUCCAGUCAUCCUGGCAGCCCACAGAAACAACUACGAGAUCCUGACUAUGCUGCUGAAACAGGACAUUUCGCUUCCUCGGCCCCAUGCUGUGGGCUGCGAGUGCACGCUCUGCAACGCUAAAAACAAGAAGGACAGCUUACGACACUCCAGGUUCCGCCUGGACAUCUACCGGUGCCUGGCCAGCCCCUCUCUGAUCAUGUUGACCGAAGAAGAUCCCAUACUCAGGGCCUUUGAGCUGAGUGCAGACCUCAAGGAGCUAAGUCUGGUUGAGGUGGAGUUCAGGAAUGACUAUGAGGAGCUGGCGAAGCAGUGUAAGAUGUUCGCCAAGGACCUGCUGGCUCAGGCUCGAAACUCUCGAGAGCUGGAGGUUAUACUCAAUCACACGUCCAGUGAGGAUCACGUUGACAAGAGGGGAUUACUGGAGGAGCGCAUGAACCUCAGCCGACUGAAACUCGCCAUCAAGUACAACCAGAAAGAGUUUGUGGCUCAGUCCAACUGUCAACAGUUCCUCAACACCGUCUGGUUUGGAGAGAUGGCCAGCUACCGGCGCAAACACACCUGCCUAAAGAUGGCCACGGUACUGAGCGUAGCGAUGCUUUGGCCGCUGCUUUCUGUCUGCUACCUUCUGGUGCCACGUUCCCGUGUCGGCCAGAUCAUCCACACACCCUUCGUCAAGUUCAUCAUCCAUAGCGCCUCCUACUUUACAUUCCUGCUGCUGCUCAAUCUCUACUCUCUCGUCUACAAUGAAGGCAAGAAAAACACCAUGGGCCCUGCACUGGAGAUGAUCGAUUACCUCCUCAUACUCUGGAUCAUAGGGAUGGUGUGGUCAGACGUGAAGCGUCUGUGGUACGAAGGGCUGGAGGACUUUCUGGAAGAGUCCAGGAACCAGUUGAGCUUUGUGAUGAAUUCCCUUUACUUGGCCACCUUUGCACUCAAGAUUGUCGCUCACAGCAAGUUCAAGGAUAUGGACGACACAGAGAGGAAGAACUGGGACGCCUUCCAUCCCAUCCUGGUGGCUGAGGGCCUGUUUGCCUUUGCCAAUGUUCUCAGUUACCUGCGACUCUUCUUUAUGUACACCACCAGCUCCAUACUGGGGCCACUGCAGAUCUCCAUGGGUCAGAUGCUGCAGGAUUUUGGAAAGUUUUUGGGCCUCUUCCUGCUGGUGUUAUUCUCCUUCACCAUUGGACUCACCCAGCUUUAUGGAAAGGACAAGAGAGACCCAGACAAGACUCCACCCAAGGACUGCGAGGGCAUCUUCUGCCAGCAGCAGAGCAAUGAUGCAUUCCACACGUUUAUGGGGACCUGCUAUACCCUCUUCUGGUACAUUUUCUCCCUGGCACACGUUGCGCUCUUUGUCACCCGCAUCAGUUACACAGAAGACCUGCGUUCUUUUGUGGGCACCAUGAUCAUAGGCACCUACAACAUCGUGGUGGUUAUUGUCCUGACCAAGCUGCUGGUGGCAAUGCUCCAUAAAAGCUUCAGGCAAAUUGCUAAUCACGAGGAUAAGGAGUGGAAGUUUGCUCGGGCCAAACUGUGGCUUAGCUACUUUGAUGACAAGUGUACCCUGCCACCACCGCUCAAUGUCCUGCCCUCCCCAAAGACUGUGUGCUACUUGGUGACCAGCAUGAGCAAGUGGAUCUGUUCACAUACCACAAAGGGCAAAAUGAAAAGACAGAACAGCCUGAAGGAGUGGAGGAACCUGAAGCAGAAGCGUGAUGAGAACUACCAGAAGAUCAUGUGUUGUCUGGUUCACCGUUACCUGACCUCCACACGGCAAAAGAUGCAAAGCACAGACCAAGCCACGGUAGAAAAUCUAAACGACCUGCGCCAAGACCUCUCCAAGUUUCGUAACGAGAUGAGAGACCUGCUGGGCUUCCGGACGUCCAAAUAUGCCAUGUUCUAUCCAAGGAGCUAAAUAAAGACUAAAUAUCUCUUUCCCUUUUCCCUCUCGACAAAAACCUCUGCUUCUCGUUUAUCUGGGAUGCUGUAUGACGUGAGCAUGUGCAAAAACUCUGCUCUUUGAGUCACAGAGGCAACUUUUAAACCUGGAAUAUAGCUAGAAUAUAAAUAUAUAUUCUCCACCAAAGCCUCCAGACUCAGCCCGCCCCCCCAGCCCUAUGUAUUACUCAGCUAUUCAACCCUUUUUGUAAAUAAAGAAAGCCAUUGUUUUCAACAGAAAGACAAAUAAAGAUUUAUGGAAAAACAAUUUGACCUGCUGGGGCUUUAAUGGCUGAUACAUUUUGCUGAAUUCAUAUGCUGCUUUUCAGAUUUGAAGUUACUUCUGCUGAUUUUUCUCCUUGAAAAACUGAUCUUAGGCCACUCAAGUCUGAAAGCCAACAAACAGUCAGUUCAUGUUCAGCCAGCCGCCCAGCGGUCCAGUCCAUGUGAGAGUCACAUUACACACACCUGAUCCUGUUCUCAUGCUUAACAGAGCAUAGUUGACUGAUCUCAGCUGACCAAUUCAAAUAUUAUCUGUCAUUAUUUGGCCUCCAGCCGAACAUUCAUGCACAAAGACAGCAA